GACGCGCACAGAGGGGGCUUCUCUUCAUGCCCAAGCAGGAAGUGAGUACAAGGAAGAAGCCAGCGAAGACACAAGGAGGAGGAGGAGGAGUUGGGGUGUUUUUAUCAGACCGACCCGGGAAAGCCGGAGUUUCCAUCCUUCCCCUCACACUUUGCUUUCGCCCCACUUUUACCCACGCUUCCCCAUUCCCCAGCGAGCUCCCCAGCUCCGAGCUGGUACUGGUGCGCCCCCACCCCGCCUCCAUGGCUUCUGCCGAGGACCCUCUGCUUACAGAUCAUGCUACAAGAGAACCAGUAGAAGAUACUGAUCCUAGCACUUUAUCUUUUAAAAUGUCAGAAAAAUAUCCUGUUCAAGAUACAGGUCUCCCUAAAGCUGAGGAAUAUAAUUCAAUUACACUGAAAGUUCCACCAAGUUCUGACAUAAUACAUCAGCGAGAAGAAAAUGGCUAUCCAGACAGUACUGGGGAUCCACUUUCAGAUAUAAAGAACAACUCUUGCCAAGAAAGUUGCACAUGUUCCUUAUGCUCACCCCAGGCCCCCAACAUCAGUGACUUGCUCAAUGACGAGGACUUGCUAGAUGUGAUCAGAAUAAAGCUGGAUCCAUGUCACCCAACAGUAAAAAACUGGAGAAAUUUUGCAAGCAAAUGGGGAAUGCACUAUGAUGAAUUGUGUUUUCUGGAACAGAAACAACAGAGUCCUACCUUGGAGUUCCUGCUCCGGAAUAGUCACAAAACUGUGGAUCAACUGAUUGAGCUGUGUAGGCUCUAUCAUAGAGUUGAUGUGGAAAAAGUCUUGCGGAGGUGGGUGGAAGAGGAAUGGCCAAAGAGGGGGCAUGGAGCCUACCACAAUCACUUUUAAACGGUUUCUUCCAUUAUUCCAUUGGUUCUUUGGACAUUGAAAACCACUGUAGCUUGGGAUGGAGGGAGUACAGCACAUUGGUCUCGCUUUUUUUUUAAGUGUUUACUUCAAAAACGAUGACAUUUGUCUCCCUCUAAGCAGUUUUUGGUUUGGUUUUUGUUGUUGUUAUUGUAUAUGUGUUUGCACAUCUGUAUUUUGAUUUAAUGUUUGAAUCCAGAACUUCAAGAGGAUAAAAUAAAGUGGUAGGCAAGCUCAUACAGUAGCCAAUCCCUAUAAGCAAAAUGCUUUUUAUUUCUUCAUAAAAUCAGAUUAUCCAUUGACUGUAAUGAUAUAGAUUGUAAGAACAAUUCCCAGAGCCCAAAGCUGUUGAUGACCCAAAAGGAAUCACAUGCAAUGUCUGCCAUCAAAAGCCUUGAUUUCCAUUGCUUGGAGGCCAAACACCAUUAAACGAUUGCUCCAUUUUAUUUUCAUGUCAUUAUCAUUCAUCCAUUGUAAGGCGCUAUAAAGUCCAUUUACUAAGAUGUUACUAUCAUCUUGAGGUUGUCUUCAGUUGACAUACCCAUCUAGUAUAAUUGAAUAAUUGUGCCCUUUCAGGGAUCUAAAUAUAGAUGUUAUUUGCUCAGCUUUUCCAAGAAAAAAUUUAUUUUAAAAAAUACAACUAAAUACUGUAGAGGUUAGAGUAAAGCCUUAGAGCAAGAACCUAGUUCUAGGUAUUUGUACUCUAGAAGGAGAGUUUUCCAUCAGUGGCCUUCAAAAUGCUUUAAUAUUAGCUAUGAGUUAUUUUAAAUUAUUAUAAGGCUCACUUUUGCAUCUUCCACAGGAGACUGAGUGUUUUUCUAGUGAAAAGUUUUAAGACUCCAUUAAGAGGUCAAAAUAGAUCCAUCGACCUCUCAUUAAAACAUAGCUAUCUCUAGCAUUUCUUGUACCAGCUAAGACACGCCCCAGCAACACUAUAAAAGCACUUAGCUAAGAAGUAAAAACCUCCACAAGUGAGAAUGAGAAUCCAGGAAUCCAACCAAGUUAAUUAACGGCUUAGCUCAGAGACUUCUUCAGUGUUCUGGCUUGACGGUUUAGAAAAAAACAUAGAAGCUACAUUGAGUCUAUAUAGAUGCUAUGGGAAGACUGCCCAGUUCCCCAGACUAUCGUCUUUUCUUUAUUCCUCUGCGGGAAUAGAUGGCAUCACCUCUCACAGAAUUACAGAACAUUAGAGCUAGAAAGAAUCAAGAAUGUCGUCUAGUCUCAGAGUUAAAAGGAGCCUGAGAGGUAGCCUAGUCCAACCCCCUUAUUUUAGACAAAGAACUUCAGAUUUAGUUAAGUGCCUGCAUUGCCCAUGGGGAGCACAGGCACAAUAAGAAGUCAAACCCAUUUCCUCUGACUCCUUCCAUUGUACCAUGCUGCCUCCUACCCCUUCAUUUUACAGAUUAGGAAAUGGAGGCCCCAAAAGGUUAGAUCAUUUACCCAGGAUCACCGAGUGUAUUAGGCCCUAAAUGCUGUGACUCUCAGUCCAGUGCUUUUCCUAAUAUACCAAAUUAUCCUCUCAGCAGGACUGAUUAAUUAGGCAGUAGUAAUGUGUUUUUUGGGGAAAAACAAAAAGUUCAUUUUUUGAAGUAUUAAUAUUUGGAUCAGCAGGACUGAUUAAUUAGGCAGUAGUAAUGUGUUUUUGGGGAAAAACAAAAAGUUCAUUUUUUGAAGUAUUAAUAUUUGGAUUUAGUUCUGGGUUUAAUAUAUAUUAGGGCAGUUCAAUCUGAUAUCUGAUAUUCAAGCUCAGUCCAAAUUUUAUACAUACAUACAUAUAUAUAUAUGUAAAAAUAAAUGUCAUGAAUGAGAAUUAGGUACUCAAAGCCCUGAGGCUAACACUUUUUUCUUUUUCUUUUUUUGAAGUACGGUGCCUCUCAACCUCAAUAAAGUUUAGAGGCAAACUUGAAAUAAAACUAUUUGCUAAGCCACCAACACUCUUUUUAGCAAUUCCUUAACGAUAGUUUUCAUUUAGAGCCUGAUAUUGCUAAUUUAAUCAACUCCAGCAUGGCAAGAUGAACUUUAAAAUAGAAGAGACAAUCCCUAAAAUUUCUGAUCCAUUCUUUAUUAUGCCCAACUCACUUUCUUCCCUGGUUCGAGUUACUGUAAGAUGUGAUUGAAACAAUUUACAAUGUAUGUAAUUUUAAAAUAUAGAUGCUUAGUAAGUUGUUAAACAGAACCGAUAAACUAUUUGUUGAAUUUAUAUUGAAUGUUGACAAUGGAAUAGGCACUAUGCUGGGCAUUUAAGUGAAGGUUCCCCUUUGGGUGCCUGUUUAACCUAAAUAUGGCUUUCUCAUACUUCUACAGUUUAUUGAAGGAAAAUGUAAUUGUAAUUGGCAUUCAUUAUAGACCUUGUAAGUAUAUGAAACUAAAAAGUCAAUGAUGCAUGAAGAGUAACAUAGAUGCAAGUAUGGACCUCACUCACAAGCUACAUUCUUAUUGCCUCUUAUAUCCCUUUAGCCUCCUUAAGGUAUUGGGUUUUUAGAAUAUAGACCAUCUUCAACACACUUCCAUCCCCUUUGUAAAAUGCCCUUCCCUGCUGCAUGGGCACAGGAAUUCCCCUUCCCUCUCCACUAUCACAGGAGAUUUCCUUCCCCUUUUUCCUCACUGCUGUAGACUCCAUACUGCCUUAGACUCCCAUUUAGUUAACGCCAUUUCCAGGUUCUUACUUUGUUCUGGUGGCCAUAUCUGUAGCAUAUCCCUAUCCUAGAUUUUCAGCCACUGACAUUCCAAAACCCAUAUUGCCAUCCCUCAGGCCUCCCUAAAUCCAACCUUGCUGAAGCCACCAUCAUAGACAGGGAGCUGUGGGAGCCCCAGACCCUAAUAUCCAGCAGAUGUAAAGAGGUUGAAUCUCUGCUGUCUUGUAAGGGCAUCAAGUGGAAAUAAGGGGAGUCUGUGUGGUUCAUUUUCUCCAUAGAAAUACUGCCAGUGCAUUGUUAGGUAUGAUACAAAUAGUACAGUAGUAUUAGUAUAAUACUCUUCUUUAGGUGCAUUAUAGGUAAUUGUGAACUAACAUGGGAAUCCACCAUAUGGGACAUCAUUUCCCUGGGAAAAUGUGUUCAGUCCCAAACAGUCCACUUAACGAAUGAAUUUUUGUAACAUACACAGCCCUUUUAUGAGUUGGGUAUGGCCUGUAUUAAGUCAUUUUAUAGACACAUCAUGAAGUGAUCUAGAUUACCUUUCCUUUCUUAAGUUAAGCCAGAAACCUUAACUGAGUUAAACAGGAUGUAGACCAAAAAUCGUCCUUAUCUUUUCAUUUAAGAAUUCAAGAGAAUCCCACUAAAACCUAAGUGAGAUAUGAACCACAGAACACAACCCACACAUUUGCAUCAUGUUUUCCAAAGUAGGUAGAUACUUGCCACUAACAACUUCUACUAUUACAUCUUCCAUUUGCUUAUUUUAUCAGCAUGGUUAUAAAAUUUAAAAGUUCUUGUUGUUUUCCUGCCCAUAGCAAAUGUAGAAGUUGACAUCUGUUUACCACUAUAUUAAUUUUUUUCUGCCCAUUUGUUCUAAAAUCUGGCAUACUCUGAUCCUUGUGAGAUAAUGUUGACUAUAUUAGCUAAAGACAGAAAUUAAACACAUGCACUUAUCAAAAGUCUAUUGCCACAAGGCAAUUAAAUGUAGGGUGAGUUUUGCAUAUGUAGAUCCAUGAAAUAAAAAAGUAGUUUGAGCCUGAAAAUAAAUGUAGGCAAGUCAGAUAUGUAUGCUAAUCUAAAACUACUUAAUAAUAAUUCUUUACAUUAGGUAAUCACUACAAUAUCAUAAAUAUGCUUGGGGAGGUUCUAUGGACUAGGAGAAACUCAGGCAAAGAGAAAGUGCAGUGAAGAAGAGGAUGAGAAGGUAGGAAAUAACUUCGUAGUAAAUUAAUCAAAUUAUUUCUCAUUUUUAAAGUCUAAUACAAGCCUGAUAGCUUCAUUCUAAUGCUGUCCUCAGGGUCCAUGAAGGGUGGGCACUUUAUCAACUAAAUUGCCUUGGUAUUAAGUCCUUUUGGUUCUUUGGUAAGUUAAGCUCCUUGAAUAUGGCCCAUAACAGAUACUUCUCAUACCAAAUUUUCAUUUGUAGGGUUCUAUAAUGAGAUUCAAUGUCAGUAAUAUGUGGCACAUUUUGUAAAUACAUAGUAAGCAGCUUGCCUUCUGAUUGACUGGAAUGUAUUGCUUCUUGGUUAAUUUAGGAAUUUCAAAAGUCGUUUGUCAUUUAGAUUUAUGUUAUGCCUAGGGAAAAGGAAGGAGAAGACAUGUCUGAUUAUUAUUCCCCUUCUGUCCCUAAAAAAGGAGGGAGACUAUGGCGAAGUGCACUUUAAGACUGUACAUUUUAUGGUGUACAAAUUCCCUCUCCCCCUGCUUGUUUUACCAAAGAACAUUAGAUUGGUAUAUCUCGUGUGAACAAAUAGAAAUGGUGAGUCGAAGGUAGCAAUGAACAGCUGAUAGUUAAGCUUUUUUAAUGUUAAGAUAAUAAUGAAUUUUGAUGUCAUACUGCCCUCUCCUGGAAUUUAAAAGCUAUGGAAUUAGAAGUGUUUCUGAAAUGCUGCUAAUUAAGCUCUGUAGUGAUCACAGAUUUAGAGCCGGAAGGGGCCUUAGAGAUCAUGUGGCCCAACUCCCUUAAUUUACAGAAAAGGCAACUUACCCAUACAGGUUCAGUAACUUAUCCAUGAGGCUACCACCAACAGCCACCUUGUACUUAUGUACUUGACUGCUUUCUCUAAUUCUUACAGGUACCACUCAUAGAACUACUAGAAUACCUCUGUAAUGCCCCCAUAAAAUAAAAAGAAGGGAGGUAUCCACAUUUUACAAAUGGAGCAAUAGAGUUUAAGUGCAUUGCUGAGCAUCUCAUAAUUGCUAAGUUCAUAGUGGCUAAGUUCUGGUCCCCCAAACCUGAGGAAUAUGUCUAGUAUCACUAGGUCACCCUACCUUUCUUAGUAUCAACAUGUCGAAGUACCCAAUGGCCACUGAUAAUAGGACCUUCAUUCUGGGUCUUAUUCCAUUAAAGUUUCUCCCAUGUAGAUCCUGGACUUUCCAUCUUUGGCAUUUCUUCUUCCAGGUAAAUGAAACUUAUUUUGAUACAAUUCACACAAUUAAAUGGUGCAAAGGCCAAGGGUAACUUUUCACAUCAAAAGGUAAUAAGUGUGGAUCAGUAGCACUAACCUCUCUGACCUGUCUUUAGGAUGUAAUUCAAAAAUGUGAUUUUUUUUACAUUUAUAUAUGCUAUUAAUAGCUUACACAUAGCCAACUCUUCUGCUUACCCUUCUGUCUAGAAGAGUAAGGCAUGCUUUUAUAAAGUUUUUACUAAAAGCUACCAUCUCUGUUAAAAAGAGUAUUUCACAUCUGCUAGGCUACUUUCUUCUUCCGGAUCUCCUUCUCCUUAGUUCUCCUUCUUACUGAUCUUAGUGAUAUGCACUUGAAAUUUUUCUCUGGUUUUAAGCAUCAGUAUCUUUUAUAUAUGCACUAUAGCCUCCUUCCUUGCUGGUGUUUUACUGUCUAUUUGCUUAGCUUAUGAAUGCAGAUAGGAUUUGUUGAACUUUUCAUUUAACAAAGGGUCAUAUUUAAUAAACAGUCAUAUGGCUUCAUAACAUCAUAACUUUUCCCCCCAUUUUUGUAAUCGGAACACACAUACACACAUGUAUCAAAAUCUUAGAAACCACCUUUCAAGUAUAUUCCAUGGAUGCCAGCUUAGUUAAUUCUGUCUGUGACUCCACCUUUUAAACCACAUACAGCUGUUGGCAAAUUGGGUACGGGUGCAUCUCAUUCCUGCUAUGUUCCUGUGUUUAGAGUAAUGUUGCCAGAUUUUGUACUGAAUGUCCUUAGGCUGCUCUGAGUGCUCCUAGCUGAAACUGAAUGGCUCUGGUGAUGAAAUCAGCCCCAGCAGGACAGAUCCAUUUUUUCUGCUUUCUCAUGUGCACAUGGCAAAAGCCAAUAGACCUUUUCACUAUUGUUCAUGAUUUCUGCCCUACUGGCCUUAGUUGGAUCCAAGAAAACAGAAUCUAGAUGUGGAAAUGCACAUCCUACUAUCAAAGACCAGAGUUUUUACCAACUAUUUUAGUGAUUUGAAAGGAGACUGUCUGUCUCAACUUCCUACACUAAGCUAGGUUUUCUUUCUUUUAUCAUCUUGUAAAAGAAAAAAAUAUUGCAACUGAUGAAAAAUAGUUUAUUCCUUUUAACUUGACAAGUACCCUCUGAGACUCCAUGGAGUUUAUUUCUCCAGUGAUUAAGGAAGAUUUCAGCUUCCAAACCAUGAGGGCUCUUUGUGGUAUUCUCCUGUUGGGGUCUUGGUACUAUACUUUUUGAUUUGUGUUGCAUAUGAGGCUUCAUCAUGGAUCUCCUUUGUUAUUUUGUAUUUUUCUUGCA